GGUCCGGCAAGGUCAGGUGAGUUUUAUAUAUAUUCCGUCCGUCGCUUGUGGUAUUGUUGACGAAAGGUCUUAAUAACUAUUUGAAGCAGAACCAGAGCAGAGUUUGGAUUAAAAUUUAGGGUUUUGGGGAAGACACGGGCAAAGGAAAAUAAGAACCAAAUGGAUCUGAAUAUGGACUUGAACUCCCCUCACUCCAUGGGCACGACCAUCAUCGGAGUCACCUACGAAGGCGGUGUCGUCCUCGGCGCCGACUCUCGCACCAGCACCGGGAUGUAUGUUGCUAAUCGGGCAUCUGACAAAAUUACACAGCUUACUGAUAACGUCUACGUUUGCCGCUCUGGAUCUGCUGCUGAUUCCCAGAUUGUUUCCGACUAUGUCCGCUACUUCCUUCACCAACAUACGAUUCAGCUUGGGCAACCUGCAACUGUAAAAGUCGCUGCAAACCUUAUCAGGCUACUAUCUUACAAUAACAAGAACAUGCUUCAGACUGGUCUUAUCGUUGGUGGAUGGGAUAAGUAUGAAGGUGGUAAAAUAUAUGGAAUUCCUCUUGGUGGAACACUGGUUGAGCAGCCUUUUACUAUUGGAGGAUCUGGCUCCAGUUACCUUUAUGGGUUUUUUGAUCAGGCAUGGAAGGAAGGAAUGACAAAGGAUGAAGCUGAGCAAUUAGUCGUUAAGGCAGUUUCCCUGGCCAUUGCUCGUGACGGUGCUAGUGGGGGAGUUGUUCGCACUGUGGUGAUCAAUUCUGAAGGAGUGACGAGGAACUUCUACCCAGGUGACAAACUGCAGCUGUGGCAUGAUGAGUUGGAGCCACAGAAUUCGUUGCUGGAUAUUCUGAAUUCUCCCAGCCCCGAACCCAUGAAUAUUUGAGCAAGGCCAAGGGGGCUCAUCUUUUAGGUACUUUUCAGCUUCAGCAUUACAUUUGUACUCAUUUCAGACGUUUUGAACGAUGUGCAUGUAGCUUGAAUGGGAUUCAGUUUCGCUUUAA